AUCCUUUAGUCGUAAUAUCAAUUCCAAGUGCAAUAGAUGUAGGAUUCCCAUUAACUAAAGGAUGGGUGCUAAAAAGUAACCAAAAAUUGGGGAAUAGAGGUGGUGUUAAAAUCAAAAAAAAUAUAAAAUUACUAUUAGAGCACUUUUUUUUGAGCAAAAAUCUGAAAAAGGAUAGAAUGAGCACAAAAAACAUGUAUGACAAGCUCUUGAAUUACGCUGAGGCUGGGGAUAUAGAAAAGGAGGAUAUUCCACAAAUUCUCACAAUACAAAAUUGGAUAAACUUGUAUAAUAGUGCUUUUAAGCGAAGAGCAACAGAAAAUGAAUUUGAGUCUAGAUCUAAAAA